AUGCUUUCCAAACGGAAUCCUCCCCAGACUCCAUCCAAUGCUUUCACUCGCUAUCGCGCUACGAAAGCUUCCUCGGCGGCUCAUAAGUCCCGACGAAAUAUAAGGGAUAGUUCCCGCUCUAGCAGCGCAUCAAGGCGCAUAGAGGUAGAGCCACGACGGAAACCAACUUACCCUCCAGAUGUAUCUUCACCAACGCCCUCAACAUCCCCAGUCGUCCUCCUCCAUGUCGGUCCAUCAAACCGCCUCUUUGCCGCCCACGAAACAAUCCUGACCUCAUCAUCCUACUUCGCAGCCCAAUGUGGCUCACAAACCCCCUCCCCUCCAUCUCGGGCGAACGCCCAUGUCCAGACUCCCAGAAAACAUAUCCAUCUCCCAGAUGAAGAACCAGAGGUUCUAUCCUGUGUUCUUGAGUAUCUAUACAAAGGCGACUACUAUCCCCGUCUCCGCCACAAUGCACUCCGCAAGACAUGGGAGCUAGAGUCUGGACCCGAAGAGACAGACGGAGAGACCCCAGGUGCUACACUUUGGCAUCAAGGUAUCAGGGAGACUAUUCUACGGGAUACAGCUAUAUAUUGCGCUGCAGAGAAAUUCAACCUUCCCUCCCUUCAGCGGUUGGCACUUCGGAAACAGGGCCUUCACACGGGAAUCACGGUGAACACUAUUCUCGCGAGUGCGCGGUACGCGUAUGCGAAUACACCUGAUACAGAGUCGAAGCUCAGAGCCCAUUAUCUUGCGCUAAUUAUUCGGUGCCGGGGAACGUUUAAGAGAAGUGGGACUAUGCAGAUGGAAAUGGAACGGGGUGGGAAGUUGUUUUUCGAUCUGUUUGUUGCUAUGUGUAACCAUAUGGAUGAUGCUGAUCCUGGGGCUUUGUCGACUUAUAGUUCCGCUGCGACUAGGAAAGAUUAG